UUAAAAAUUACGCAUUAAAAAUCAACAUGGCUGCUCCCACGUUGGAACAAUUUGUCUAAUUUAAUUUUGUGUUUAAUACUGUUUUUACAACUAAUUUCCAUACUUAAUAUGUGGAAAUAAAACAAAAAUAAUCAAGAAGUAACCCUGAGACACUCGAAUAACGAAAUGUCUAUAAAACAAGAGAAAAUGACCAAAACUAGCACCAAAAACCAGGUUUUGCACAAAAGGAAGGAAAAGCAACUGAAUUUCAAAAAAGGAAAUAAAGUUGAUCAAAAAGCACACAUAAAAAGUAAAGUAAAGAGCCCAUUGCCUACAAACAAUAAGUCACCUUCUAACCUUAUUGGAAAAGGGGAAAAUAUUGGAAAACGAACAAAUGAAGUGAUGAAUGAUAAAUUAAAGAAACUGAAGGAUAGGAAGAAGUUUAAACGUAUGAAAGCAUUAAAAAAGUUAGAGAAGGCAGAGAAAUUUGACAAUGUUGCAAAAAAUUCUAAAAGUGUUCCUGGCUUAAAGCAUACAGAUGAAUUGAAAAAGAAUGUUAAGAAACUGAAAACCAAAGAUAUGGACCAAAAAGGUGAAAUAAAAUCUAAAAUAAAAACUUCUAGUGAUGAUAAAAAGAUUUUGAGUCAUGAAAAAAAGAAACUGAAACGUUUGAAAUGGAAGCAAAAGCAAAUGGGUUUGAAAUUGGCGAGAAAAGGUUUGGUAAAUACGCAACAACAUAAAUUGAUAAAGACGGAAAUUGGUGAAAAAGUUGAGCUUCCAAAGACUGCAGAUGGAGCCACGGCUAACUGGAAAAAACUACAAGAAACAAUGUCAGCUGGAAAGGGUGAAUCAAGAAAGAGGAAAAUACCAGAAAACCGUCUCCGAAAUCCCAAAUACCAGAAAAAAGAAGAGAAACAAGGUGAAGAUGAUUCAAAAGAAAAGGAAAACUCUGAUGAGGAGACAGAUAUUUGGUUUGAUGAUGUGGAUGAGAUUUUACUAGAUAAGAAACCUGGGUCUCUCAAACAAGCAACUGUUACCCAAGGGAGUGAUGGUGAGAUGAAAGAGGAAAAUCCACUCAUAAAACCUGGAGCAUUCAAGGGAGUGACUAAGAUAGUAUGUAUGGAUUGUGAGAUGGUAGGAGUCGGAGAUGGGUCUGAGAACAUGCUUGCACGCGUGUCCAUAGUUAACCAGUAUGGUGAACCAGUUUAUGAUAAAUUUGUAAAACCAAAAGAAGAAGUUACGGAUUAUAGGACAUUUGUUAGUGGUGUGAGACCAGAAGAUCUUAAAAAUGCCGAGAAUUUCGAGCAGGUGCAAAAGGAAGUGGCUGACAUUUUGAAAGGAAAAACUUUAGUAGGACAUGCAAUACAAAAUGAUUUGAAGGUGUUGUACUUGAAACAUCCUAGAAAGCGUAUAAGAGACACAUCUCAAUAUAAACGAUUCCGUCAGCUAUCUGGUGGUCGUACUCCAUCACUGAAGAAAUUGUCAGAGAAAAUUCUUGCUGUCAAAGUUCAAGAAGGAGAACAUAAUUCAAUUCAGGAUGCCCAAGCAACAAUGAGGUUAUAUACAAUGCACAGGAAACAAUGGGAGAAUGAUAUACUCAGUAAAAAGAAAGAGCACAAGAAAAAGAAGAAAGGAAAUACUUGAUUAUUGAUGAAUGUUUGUGGUGACGGUUAUACACAGUGAUAAACAAAAAUCUAUUGUGAUACACAUGUUUUCUUAUAUACAGAAUUUGAGAAAGCAAAGGGGGCUUAAGGAGAGAAAAUUUUAAGGAGAGAAAAAAAGGGUUAAAAGAAUGACAAAGUUUUAUUGAAGAAGUUAGAUUACAUGCAAUGAUUUUAAAAAUGUGUUGAAUACAGUUUUCCCUGUGACAAAUGAUUAUCUAUGAAAAAAACAAACAUUAUUUUUUGACAUACAAGCAUCUUGGAACUAGUAACUGUUAAAUGUAUUACAGGUCAUGUAAAAAUUUACAUCUGGAGAAUUUUUUCAUAUUUGCAUUCUUUUAACAAUGAAUGGAUUAUACUUGAAGAUUAAUUUAUAAUCAAUAAUAGAACAUUUACUGUUAUAAAUACAAAUACAGUUUAUUAUAUAGUCGUUAAUACUGAAAACAAGAGUUGUAACUCUCAGUUUUCAAACCAAUGAAACUUUCCUAUAACAAUUAUAUUCCGUGAAUGAAACAUGGUUGUAAUAGAAAAAUGAUUUUGACUUUCACCGGUUAUUGACAAUGAACGACUGUGGUUCUUGUAAGAUGUUUGCAUGUGGAAACUUGCCAUAUGGCCUACUUUAAAACUGUUCAUGCCAUUAUACUUUGAAAAAGAAUCGUUUGUUACAAGAUAGAUUUGUAUGUUAAAGAUAUACAUGACUUGAUUAUUAUUCUUAAACUGAA